AUGAGAGACUUUUCAGAAAAGGUUCAACGUGGUAUCCCACCCAAAAUUGUAAAGUCCAGCAAAAUUCUGGGUCCUUCUGAACAAGAUAGUCAAGAAGUAAGUCUAUCAUCAUCAGAAGAAGAAAUUUCUUCUGACAGUGAACUCUAUCAUAGUCAAAGAAGCUGCAGUUGGAGAUCUGGUUCUUCAUGUGGGGAAUAUGAUUCUGAACCAGUUGAUGGUGAUGUUAUGUGGGAUCACAAUGCAACAGAUUCAGAAGAAUUUGAUUUUAAAGCAGCUGAUAGAAUCAAGAUAACUGAUCCUUCAGUAUAUAGAGAUUGGUGGUGGGGAAGUGGCUCUAAUAAAAGUGGAUGGUUAUCUGCUGCAUACAUAAGAGUAAAGUUUGAUGGGGGUGGGGAGAUAAAGGAAGGUUGUGUGUUGUAUCUCAAGGAGAGUCAGACUUAA